GUAGGUGCUUUGGUUGACCUUACAGUGACCCAGUGCUUCCUCGGAGAGGAAUUUGCGACGGCUGCCGCGAGCAAACUGCUCGCUGGCUACCGGCUACGUAAGCUCAACAUCGAAGACAACCAUUUCCCCAUCGACGCACUGUACGACAUGGUAGAGGCCCUAAAGGUAAACAAGACGUUGGAGACACUAGCCUUUGAUAUGACUAGCACACCGUCCGAGGACGAGCUCUCCAACCUGUUCGCGCUGAUCCAGAGGAUCGGCGUCUUCUCUCGCCUGAGAUUCAACUGGAUCAAAUCCUCGCGGAUCGGACUUCGCUAAGGGCGCCAUGUCUUCUCAAGUGAGCUCCACAACACGGAACAUUGACAACCACGGAGUGGCGGACGCAAUGGAGUUUCUUGAAACCCUUGCUUCCACUCGCAAAAUCUCUGUCGCGUGGCUCGAAUGUGUCAAGGGCGCGCAGCCUGUGGUUCCAAAGCUGAUCGACACAGUCGCCAGGACCAAGUACCUGAGGCAAUUGCUCCUACGCCUAAAUUUGUCCGACGCCUUUGCUGUCAGCCUUUUUCGAGCCCUCGAAAGAAACCGCAGCGUUUCAGUCUUGGAGAUCCGUUGUCUCAAGUUUGGGAGGGAGUCCGCCGCGGCCCUGGCACGAAUGGUAAAGCGCAAUCGAUCGAUGACCAUGCUCAAGAUUGACCUGCGAGAGAGUGACCGUUAUCAAGAGAUCCAGCUGCUAUCCAUCUGCCGAGAGCUUGAGGAAGCCAUUCCCCGAAACCGGUUUCUCCUGGACGUUCAGCUGCGUACGAAGGAAGUCAAACGCUACAAUGACUCCAUCAUCAGGAGCGCCAUCAGGCGCAACCACGGGCUCGUCAACCAAGCUCUGAAGUUCAUCAAGGGCUCCAUGAAGAAAGAAGACGCCCUGGCUUUCGAGAUCCUGCAGAACUGCGCGUCGCUGCGCCUGUCCCUGCGCGUUAACCUAAACACCUCCGACGAAUCCGACAUGGAGCGUUACAUCGACGAGGCGCGUAAGAGGCUUUCCUUCGACUACUUCGUCCUCGUGGGCGUCGUCAAGGCCAAAAUAGCAUGCCACCCACAACUCAAAGGAAGCACUAGGUUUGACAAGCUCUCCAAGCUGAUGCAGGCGCAUAUCUGCUCGUUCCUGAGCUUGACCGACGUCGUGGACUGCUGA